GCCAUUUGCCCACGAGCUAGGGUCGCUUGAACCCUGUACGAGACAAUGUCGAUAAAGUAAGCCUCUUUCGCGAACCUCUUUCUUGAAUCUCUUUCUCUGAGCUUUCCAUCUUUCCCGUCCCGUCUUGUCAACCAUAGCCUUGCCCUCUUGGUCACUGCUUUAGUCCUGCACCGACUCUUCAGAGAUUGUCGCUCCCGUGGUAUCCUGUCCUGUCUUGUGUCCAUACCAUACCACACCCAUCUUCGCAUUCCCGUCCCCCUCUCUCCGUUUCCGUUUCUUGCCUCCGUCACCUUCCCGUCUCCCUCUGCCGUCUUCUCCGCCCCGUACCCUCCGGUCACGGCGGCCACGGCUCAGUCCGUCCGUUGACUGCCCCGCCACCUUCGGCCCAUGGAGUCAUGGACCCCGCCCUAUAAUGGACAAUCCUCAUGACUAUCUUAUUACAAGCCGUCCUCCUUCGCGGCCCGUCGAUCCUGACAAUGCCGAUAGCUGGGUUAUGCUCAAUCAGGGCGGCUUCGUCAAGCUUGGCAAUGAACGCAUCUUGAUGAAGCUCGAAUCGAGAAUCUCAUGCGACCUGUCUGUGCCCCAGGAGCUGAGAGCACGAUGUGCCUCGUUUCAACGGAAAAGUGAUAAAGGCACCCUCUUCCUGACCAACAAGAGAAUCGUGUAUCUUCCCUUAAAACCUACUCAAGAACCAAAGUUUGAAUCAUUCAGUGCCCCAAUCCUGAAGUUUCAAGAUUCCACGACCUCAUCAUCCAUGUGGUGGGGAUGGGUAUGGAAAUCAGAUUGUAUUCCUGUAUCCGGUGGUGGCAUUCCUCCAGACAUUCCUCGGCUUGAGGUCAAGUUCACGUUUUCAGAUGGAGGCAUGAUGGAUUUCAACGAAGCCUAUAUAAGGCUGCGGGAGCGGCUUUACCAGUAUCAAGAGAUGCGCCGGGAGAUGGGCCCCGGUGCUGAUGUCCCUGAUGAGCCUCUUCCAGCAUAUGAAGCUCCUUCCGCCCAGCCAGCACCUACAACAAGUUCGACAGAUGUACGCCCUAAUCGCUCAGAGAGCGCUGCUAGUAGGAGGGCACCAGACGAACCACCGCCAGAUUAUGACGAGGCUCAGGCGCAGCAGUUGAACAUUCGAUUGGAGGACCACAUUCGGGGUGAAAUCGAUAGGGGGGCAUACGAAAAUGACGAUUAACGGCCGUGUUGGACCACACCAAUGGCUGUGGUUAUGUUACAGAUACCAAGAUUUGAGCACUGCAUUCAUGAACUCAUUAUACUAUC